GCCCGGGGCCUAGGGCCCGCCCAUGUUGGGGGCUGAGGCAGCGGCAGCGGCGGCGGCUCCCGGACCCGACCGGACCGAGCUGAUCCCACGUGUGACGGGCUCCCUCUCGCCUGCCUCUCCACUCUCUCGGACCGGCGCUGAUCUCUUCAUUUUUCCGGGGGGCUCUGUGCGUGGUUCUAUGUGUGUGUGUCUUGAUUAGUUGCUAGAUAAUGGAGGCAGACGGCAGUCAAGCCACCUCUGGCAGUCCCACCGACUCGCAACAUGACCCAGGUAAAAUGUUCAUCGGCGGCCUAAGCUGGCAGACCUCACCAGACAGCCUUAGGGACUAUUUCAGCAAAUUUGGCGAGAUCAGAGAGUGUAUGGUAAUGCGAGACCCGACCACGAAGCGAUCCAGAGGCUUCGGUUUCGUUACGUUUGCCGAUUCUGCAAGUGUAGAUAAAGUAUUAGCUCAGCCCCAUCACGAACUAGAUUCAAAGACGAUUGACCCAAAGGUUGCAUUUCCUCGAAGAACACAACCCAAGAUGGUCACUCGAACAAAGAAAAUAUUCGUAGGCGGAUUAUCUGCAAACACGGUGGUCGAUGACGUAAAGCAGUACUUUGAGCAGUUUGGCAAGGUAGAGGAUGCCAUGCUGAUGUUUGACAAGACAACAAACAGGCAUAGAGGAUUUGGCUUUGUAACUUUUGAAAGUGAAGAAGUUGUUGAAAAAGUCUGUGAAAUCCACUUCCAUGAAAUCAAUAAUAAAAUGGUAGAAUGUAAGAAGGCGCAGCCGAAGGAAGUAAUGUUCCCGCCAGGAACAAGAGGCCGGGCCCGGGGUUUGCCGUACACCAUGGAUGCAUUCAUGCUGGGCAUGGGAAUGCUGGGUUACCCAAACUUUGUUGCAACAUAUGGCCGUGGCUACCCAGGAUUCACACCGGGCUACAGCUACCAGUUCCCAGUGUGUAGGAUAGAACAAGUGCACGGGGAUCGCUCAUCGGCACGGACAGGGUGGGCCGGAGUGCCUGUUCCCGCACGAUAUCUAAACCAAAUUCUAAACUCAACAGAGGGCGGUGAAUCUAUGGAAUUCAUUGCUACAGACAGCAGUGGAGGGUUCCCCGCAGCGGCCUACAGCCCAGCGGCAGCAGCAGCGGCAGCGGCAAGAGGAUCAGGUAGGGGCUCCCGCGGAAGAGACAGCUACAUGGCGUACCCCCAGAAUGUACGGGCAGGGUUCCCCGACUACGGCUUCUAUUCCACGCCCGGCGACCAGCGGGCAUCGUACUCGUUUGCCGACUACAGCGCCAUCGGACUGAGGGCCACUCAGAUGCUACGCAGCGAGCACGCCCCAUCAGCGAGCAGCCCUUCUCUGCACCAUUUGGCCAACCCGGACCAGUUUAAGAACCCAGGGUCUGCACCUGGAUUAAGCAGCCAGCUGCUAACGUGGCCCCAGCCUCUGGUUAAAAUGACAGGUAAGCAAUUCCUGAAUAGCUACAGUGCUCAACCGAAUUAUGGCGCCCCUGCUUCCCCAGUAGGCACCAACCCUGCCCGGCACGGUGGUUUCCCCGGAGCCAACAGCCCCGGCCCUGUGGCUGAGAUCUACGGUACGGCCAGCCAAGACUCCGGCGUUGGGAACUACAUCAGCGCCACCAGCCCCCAGCCGGGAUCUGGCUUUGGACACAACAUCGGGGGCCCGUUGAUUGCGACUGCAUUUACAAACGGAUACCAUUGAAAGCAAACAGGUGUUGGUUGGUUGCCAUCCCAGGUUUGAGAGUUUAUCUUUAGGAACUCCAAGCAAGCCUGGGCGACCUUUCUGACUGGUCCCAGAUUCAGACGUUGUCAUCUACGGGAAGCAGAAGACUUAGAGAAAUAACGAGCACUACAUCAUCACUGAACGACAAAACUGGAGGUGGCUUUCAGUGGACAUGUUUUAGAAAUCGCAUCAUCUCAAUGGUCUACUGUAUUAUAAUAAUCUUAGGAUAAAAAAAAAAGAGAAAA